GGCCCCAGGCGCCUCCUGGCAACCAGACGCCAUCCCAGGCUGAGGGAGCGAGGAGGCCGCAAUGGACCAGCCAGUCAUCGCCAUCACCUCCAAUUCCCUAAGGGAAGACCUGGGACCUGGCAGUUUGGUAGUCACCUCCUCGAAACCAACCCGAAAGACAUCAUCUGUUGAAAGAGAAGGAUGGUGGAGAAUAGCAUUAACAAACACUCCUAUCCCUGGCACUUACCACUUGAAAACUUUCAUUGAAGAAUCCUUAUUAAAUCCAGUGAUACCAACCUACAAUUUUAAAAACGAAGGAAGGAAAAAACCACCUCUUGUGCAAAGAAACGAUCCGGUACUAAAUGACCUUCCCCUAUAUGCGCCUCCUGACUUCUUAGACUUACUUAAGAAGCAAAUGGCCACUUACUCAUUUAGAGACAAACCGCGGUCAAGCCCCAGCACGCUGGUUUUCAAAGAUCAGUCAGUUAAGCUUUCACCAGGGCAAUAUGAUCUACUUCCUACACCGGUUCCCAAGCACGCUUCCAGGAGCUUCGUAUUUCGUUCUACAGUUCAGAGAUUUCCAACAAGCUGCUUCACUCCUCAUGAAGGCCCAGGACCGGGUCAUUACGACUUGAAAAUACCUCCAGUAAAUUCUGUUACUUCCUGUUUUCAAUCCAAAGUACCUCGGUUCCUGCCCACUUGUUCUAAAACCCCCGGCCCAGGAGCAUACAAGUCUUCAGUGCAAUUCCCCAAGCAGGCCCCCACCGUAGCCAAAAUGGGCCGAGAGAAUAGCCUUUUCUUCAACAACACAAUUGGCUUUUAAAAUAAAGCCAUCUUGGCCCUAAGCUGUUUUGAGUUUAGCACGUUCUUCUGUUUCGAAAAUUCUAUUUUCUGUCCUUUAGGAUUGUUUAAACUACGGAACAUCAUCAACUGCUCAGGUGACCCUCCUGCCUGCCUCUCUGGAACAGUCCCAGCAUAAUUUCCAGUUCACUCUCGAAAGUGUCCUGGUUUGAAUAAUAAACUGGGCUCUCUCUGUUUAUUGUCAAAGGAUGUGUUCCAAGACACUGCCCCCGGGCUGCUCUUGGGGCAACUUGCACAGGCCCUGGUAAUGUCCGGGCUGUGCUCUACGUGGCCAUGGGCUCUCCAGCUGGG